UGUAAUAUUUUUAAGUAGCGUUUGACUUACAAAAUAUUAAGAGAAUAUUGACGAAGCACACACUUGUGUAUCUCUGAAACUGUUAAUGUUGCGAACUCUUGAGUAGAGGAGGAUAUUUAAGAGUUGGACUUAAGACACUUCACUUACUGUUAAGAAAGUGUAAAUGACACACAUUAUGUCAUCCUUUUUAUGACCGCCUUUGAUUAAGGAGAGGGCUCUUGAUCCAAGGAACUGGAUCUCUCGCUCUUUUCCUUCGAUCGACACUGGUGACCUCUCAUCUCCACGUGUCAUAGUUUUUUAAUGUUUCAUUAUGUUUCACAGAUUUUUUAUCAUAUUUCCUUAGGUUCUUUAUUAGUAAUAAAACUAAUGACUCACUGUUUUUGUUUAUAUGUUUGUCUGUGUUUACGAGGUUUGCGUGAGAGUUCUUGCGGGUGAAGUCAGUAACAAAGAUUUUUUUUUAUUGUAAUCAGGAGCAGAGGCAUCAAAAUGCGAGUCAGCGCAGUGCCUUUUAGCUUAAGUUCCUAAUCAUCACCUAACAAGCUCAUACAUCACUCAAGGUCAAACAUCACCCAACGAAGUUAUUUGUCACCCCAUGAGGCCAAGCAUCACCAAACGAGGUCAGUGACUAUUUAACAAGGUCAAAAAGGUCAUAUCAACAUCUCUGUGUACCAUUGGCCUAUUGUUCCAACACUAAAUUGAAGUGUUAUUACUUGCCCUCUAUAUAGUAGCCAUCACCACUCCCCCGUAUUAAACACUUGACAAAGUUACUCUGACGCCCAAGCAAGCUUCGCUCAAGAGUAUUUAGACAAAAUUAAUAACGCAAUGAACAUUUUAAGGGCCAAUCCAAAAACCAAAGUUUUACCUUGACAGCAGAUGCUGUUAUUUUGGGUGGUGAGAGGGACUUGUAAUGUGUGUGUAUAUAAGUGACCGAGUCAGCCACACCAGACACACACACACGGUGAUGACAGCCAUACGACCCUCGCUACUCCUGAUGGGGGUGAUCGUUGCCCUUGCCGACCCACGCCACCAAGCUCCCUACCACCCUCCAACAUCCUCCAUCAACAAUCACGAUCCUGGUGUCCCGGUCUGCGCCUCCAUCACCAACAAGACCUGGUGCCUGGAGGACUCCGAGUACCCAACCUACGAUAUCAAGCAUGCCCUGGAGAACCACUACCAGAAGGUGCUCGAUUUAUAUACCGAUGUGGCUGAUCUCAACACCCAGCUCUCCGUGGAGGGUCCGAAGAUUCUGCCAGAGGAGACUUAUCUCUGUUCAUCAGAGACUUCCUACGUCAAGCCUCUGAGGGCUCAGAACUCCCUCGGGAAAUGGCGCUUCAUCGUGAAUGACAUUGAGAUUCACUAUGAGAGACUUACACAAACCACCCAUAUCGAAGAGUGUCUCACGUCUGGCAGUGUUUGUCCUCUGGUGCCCGUGUGCUACGAGUCUAAAUGUCUGCAGAAGUCCAUCUAUCAUCGCUUCCUCGUCUACGACCCCUAUGAUAAGUACUUUCCCUUCGCUGUUGAUAACUUCAAGCUGCCCUCCAGCUGCGCCUGUCUCCUGGACGCCUACACCAUUAACCAUUUAGACCAGUACUCUUCUAUGUAUCUGAAAUGAAAACCUUCUUUUCGAAUUUACCUGUGGUUCCUGGUGUUUCGCUGUGGUCCCCGAUGGUUUCUUGUGGUCUUCGGUUUCUGCGGUCCCUGCAGCAGCACCACGACUGAGGCAACCUAUGCCGUAAAGCAACAGCACGUUACGUAAAGAUAAGUUGCAGAGUGAUCCCCGGUGGUUCCUUAUGUUCCCCGGUUUCUGUCUACCUGGCCUGGAAUCUACCUGGAAGGUAUUCUGGGGAUCAACGCCCCUGCGGCCCGGCCCACGACCAGGUCUCCUGGAGGAUCAGGGCCUGAUCAACCAGCCUGUUACUGCUGGCCGCACGUAGUCCAACGUACGAAUCACAGCCCGGGUGAUCCGGCACUGACUUUAAGUAUCUGUCCAGCUCCCUCUUGAAAGCACCCAGGGGCCUAUUGGUAAUUCCCCUUAUGCCUGGUGGGAGGCUGUUGAACAGUCUUGGACCCCGGACACUUAUUGUGUUUUCUCUUAGUGUACUAAUGGUACCUCUACUAUUCAUUGGGAGUAUUUUGCACUGCCUGCCCAGUCUUUUACUUU